AUGAUCAGAUCCCCCACGGGAUCUUUCUCCUCAUUGGCUUCAGAAUCACUAACAGAAUCACAAGAUGAUUUCCUGAGUCAAUGCCUUAAAACUCUAACGCCUACUGCGUCAAACAAUCUGGCAAACUUUGUCAGCGAAUAUGCCGAUCUGAGGACUCAAGUCCUCUCAACUGUUGGUUCCCUCAAAGAUACAAUACCCAAGAAAAAUGAGACAAGAUUGGACAGCCUAUGCAGCCUGGCCGAUCCUACGCAGACGCUGCUAAACCCCAGGGUCAACACCGGGACAGUCAAGUCAGUCAUCCCGAAACCAAAAGCAGCCAUGAUAAUCACGCCUUUGGCGAGCUCUACCAGCCUCAAAUCCUGCGAUGAUACUCGCAAAGCAUUAAUUAGCAAAGUCACCCCAGCAGCACUGGGUAUCAAAACAGACAGACUGUUAAGAACGGGAAAAAAUGGUAUCAGGAUAGAAGCAGCCGAGAUCGACCCAGCAAAAGUCGACAAUGAAGCUCUAAGAAAAGCUGGCUUACAAAUGUCACUACCUCGCAAACUUCGGCCUAGAUUAGCCAUCUACGGCGUUCCUAACGAACACUCAGCAGACUCCCUACAAAAUGAAAUCCAAUCCAAUCUAAGCGACGACGACAGCUAUGUUCUCGAGAUCAAGGCUAAGUUUGGCCCCCGAGACAGAAACUUCACACAUUGGGUGAUUGAAAGAAGCCCUGAGACACGAAAUGCCCUGCUAGAAAAAGGCAGUAUAUACAUAGGCUGGUCAGCAUGCACAGUACCAGACCAUGUCAGAGUCGUCAGAUGCUUUAAAUGCCAAAAGUUUGGUCAUAUGCAGAAGGACUGCCAGAGCCCAGCUGCCUGCGGACACUGCGCAGAAAAUAAUGAAACCAGCAAGUGCAACAAUAAGGAGGCCGACCCAACCUGCCUGAAUUGCAAGAAAGCCGGAAUAAGAGACCAUAAGUACGAUGCUAUCUCCAGUAGAUGCCAAUCGUACAUAAAGCGUACCAAGGACACCAUUUCGAAUACAGAUUAUGGUCAAUAA